AUGUGUGUCGUAUGGGACAAAGCUCGUCCUGUUGUCGCUCUCUCUGUCGCCCUCGUUCUGACGACAACUGCCCUCACCGUGGCCAACAUAGUGUCUCUCGCCGGGUUCGUGAGUACCAGCACCGGGAAUAUGCUGGAUUCUGAGGUCAUACCCACAUUCGGGGACAACUCGAUCGGCCUCGCGGCCGCGUUCUUGUCUCUAGCAAGCAACAUAUGUGCGACAUCACUAGUAGGAUUGAAGGCUUGGCUACUCAGGAAGGAGUUGGCAAGACGCGAGCCAUCGGCAAGUCGGCGCACGGUGGCCGAGCGCGUCAUGGAACUGCUCAUCGACUCAGGAGUGGCAUACACUGUGAUCUGGAUCCUGUAUCUACUGAGCUUCUUCUUCAACGUGACCACCUAUAGUCCUGUGCACGAAGACGAGCACUCCGCUGACGGACCCAUCACCGCAUCCGCUCAUCUGGAUGCCGCGAUGGCGCAGCUUACGACCAUAUACCCGCUGAUCAUUCUCCUCCUCAUCGCGAUCAACAAGGCGCAUCAUUCAGGCAAGCCACGCUUGAUGCGAGGGGAGCAAAACAGUACAUUCGUCAUGACGGUCAACAUCGACCCAGACGAGGAUGUCGAAAGCAACAAGAUGCUCGAUGAAGAGGUGGAGCGUGGUUGGCGAGACUCCAAGGGCUCAUGGUGA